AUGCCUCCUGGUCUCCCUGAACCGGACCGCGACAGCGUGGACUCAGAGGUCAUUCUCCCAGUAGACGCCGAUACCAAAGCUCAGGAUCAACUGAAUGGGGAGCAGAGCAAUGAUGUGAAAACUGUUGACCCUCCAAGUGGUCGAGGCGAGAUAGAAGACCCUUCCGACUCUGAAGGCUCUGAGGAAGGCGGCGAAUAUAACGUAGAGGCGAUUCGAGGCCACCGAAUCUACAAAGGCGUGGUGCUAUACGAGAUCAAGUGGCAAGGAUACCCUGAAGAAGAGAACACAGACGAGCCCGAAGAAAAUCUAUUGCCACACGCCCGCCAAAUCCUUGCAGAUUACCACGAAAGCAUUGGAGGUGCCCCAACAACAGGUCUCAAGAAGUCGAAAUCCAAACAGUCACUUCGCCGGCAAGCUUCCACCGACGAUUCUCCCGCUCCUUCUGCCAAGAGACAGAAACGCAAUGGUUCUCUUGGCCGUCCCGAUUUGACAGAAUCAUGGACCCCUACCAAAGAAGAUUGGGAGCCUCUAGUACUCAAGAUCGAGACAGUAGAGAAAGACCCGUCGGGACAGCUGGUCGCAUAUGUCGUCUUCAAUAACGGCAAGAAAACAAAAGUCGGCAUGGACAAAAUCUAUCGGCAUUGCCCGCGCCCAAUGCUCAAAUUCUACGAAAAUCAUCUCAAAUUUUCGUAA